CUAUAUUUUUACUAAUUAAUUAUAUAUGAAAAGUUAAACGAAGUAAUAAAUUCAAUUAAGAUGCUCAUAUAUCAUAUCAUUUUUGGAAUGUUGUAUUUUUCGAAAGAUGUUAAAAGUGGAUGGGUUGAAAUGCCUGAGUUUUCAGAUGAAACAAAAGUUUACAGAAUUCCUUUUUCUAAACGUGACCACGAAUACAAAUUUAUACGAAAUGACGAUAAUAAUAGUUAUUUUCAUAAAAAACAAAACGGUAUGAUUUACGAAGAACAACAAGAAAUUCAAAUUCCAUCAAUAAAAAACACAGAUUUAAAUGUAACUCGGUUAACAGUAACAGAAUCAUACUCUGAGAUAAAUCAAUAUUUUACAAAUGUGUCUGCUAAACCUAUUGACGAGAUUCAUUGUGAGAUUAAAAAUAAUAGUUAUGACAUGGAUAAAUUACUGAUUGAGUCUGAUCGAAUAAAAUUAAAAGAAUUUACAAUAUCAGAUACAGUAAUUCAUGAUACUGAAGAAGCUAUAUUCCAACAGAAAUUAAAGCAGUCUAACAAAAAUGUAAAUGAAACUUUAAAAGAAGAUAAAAAUACAUUCCUAAUGUAUUUACCAACUGAAUUAUUUAAAACUGUUCAUCAAAGUUUAAAAUCUCAACCUUUAAGUACAAAAGGCAAACUACAAUUUUUAAAAUCGUUUGAAAAAAUAUUGUUGCAUGAAAUAGAAUCUAGACUCAUCAAAUGUAUAAAUCCGAAUCGCAUAAAAAGAGGUACCGGUGAACAUUAUGAACACGGAUACGAUGAUUAUGAAGAUCACGGAUUGGGCUUUCCUUCUCUAGAAGGAGCAUUAAUGGCUAUUUCAUUUCUUACAUUUGCCGUUUAUCUGGUUAGAUUAGUCAUGCUUCUUUUUCGAAAUAACGGAACACAAGUUACUACGCCCACCGUAUUCGUUGGUAAGAAAAAAAGAUCGGUGGAAGAAUUUAAUGAAGAGACAGCAAGAAUCUUUCAUAGCGUGGAUAACUUCAUUUCUAAUAUUUAAUCGUUAAUCUCAUAUAAAAUACAAACGUAGAACAAUAAAAUAUUGAUAUAUAGUCUCCAUUCUAAUAUA